GUGCGUCUGAAACACCUGGGUCGGGUUUCAGAAGCAGUGGGCUGGACUGAAUAUCUCAGAACUUCACAGGCAAGAGUUAAACACCAUUGAAAUGUUUUCCAACUAGUCAUGUAACACAUCCAUGCUCAGCGUUCUAGGACAGCACGACAACGACACAACUAUUACAGCUAUUCAAGGCUGUGUGUUGAAUGAAUUAGAGGACAGAUCUACAGAAACACAAACAUCAUGAACUCCCAGGGCAGCUUUGGCAGCAACUUGAUGUUUCAGUCCAUCAACGAUGAACUGAACGCAUCUUUGGCUACAGCGGAUGAGCUGUCACGGGAGUUCAGCUCUCUCUUGUCGGAAGCCACUACUGCACAGAGUUCUGACCCCAAACCCCAGAGCAGCAGCAAUGGCAACAGCAGUUUGUACAGCGCAAACAAAAAUGGAAAUGAAAACAUCAGGACAAGUGUCCCUUUCCCCCAGAGCACCACGAGUAGCCAGAGCUCAGACUUCACCAGCAGCAGGAAAGAAUCCGACCUGGACCAUCCUCCUGCCUUCACGAUGCGAUCUUCAUCUGCACCUAGCCUAGACAGCAUGAAAUUUAGGCCUUCAUCUCCCAGUCCUUUAAUCCAGCAGCACUCCCCUUUCAUGCAACGUAAAGACAUCUCAGAUUCACGAUAUUCCUUCGAUCAAAAGACACCCCCUAAUAUGUCUCCAAAUACAUUGAGACGAACGACACAGAUGCCGCUGAGGCCUCAAGAUCGAAGCCCGAGAGGAUCGUUGAGCUAUGGGGAACUGUCGCCCUUAUCCAGCCCUACAUACGAGACCAAAACAUCUCGCAAUUUGCUUCAGCCCUCAGCUAGCUCCAUGUCUUCGAUGCUCAGGUCACCAAGGUUGGAUCGAGCUCCUUCCUCUCAGCCUCUUAUUCAACCAUCAGCCAAUACGUUACCACGCAACUUCCAGCCAUUCAGACCAUUGGAUGAGGGAAUGCAGAGGCAGAAGAACCCCUCCAAGUGGAACGAGACAGAUCUGGAUGUAUCUUACGAGAGAAAGCCUCACAACACCUAUGAUAAGAAUGAUUGGAUCAGACCAUCUGUACCCAACAGCAACUGGAAAGAAUCGAACCUGGACGCACCUCCUUCCGUCAAGGAUACCAUUACCCGUUCACUCCCAUCAUCUCACAGCUCGCUCCCGAGAAACACUCGUAUCUCAAUGCCCCCUGACCUCACCUCAAGCAGCAGUUCACCUUACGCCCCUCAGCCAAUCAUUUCCCGUAUCGCCAUUCCACCUGCGAGUUCUGGAGUUCGUCAGCACAAGCCUAUCCCGCUUUCCGUUAUUAUGAGGCUCCAGAACCCCUACUAUGCUGCAGCUACCAGAAGAUACGCCCUUGGCCCAAUGGGAGAGCUCCAGCAAGGAAUUUUCCACCAACAACUUCCCCUGCCCCGAGAGUACCUGCGACCAAAUCAGACACCUCAACCUCAGCAAGCUCAAAGACAACCUCCCUACUAUAGAGAAGUACUCCACCCUGGAGAUGUUGAUGCUGAGCUUGAGAAACAAGACACAAGUAAAACAGAAGGCCCUGUGUACAUGAAACCAGAUGAAGAGGCUAGAGUGGAGGAUUCAGAGAUGCCUCCUCGUCCUCUCAGCCCCACACGUCUGCAGCCCGUAGUGGCUCCGCAGGCAGAGUUGGGCACGGACCUAGACGAAGUGAUGCGCAUUCGGGCCGAGUUCCCCAGGGCCCUGAAAAGACGCGGCUCAGUCGAUGUUCCCCAGACUCUGCAUAACAUGCCCAUUUCCCAGCCCAACCAUUACAAGCAGAUGAUGAAUAAACUGUUUCGCAGGAAGCCCAUCCGCAUCAAGGAAGAACCAGCUGCUGAAAGUGGCAGCUCUUCAGAUGGAGAAGAGAGUACCAAGUCUGCUGUGACAACAGAUCCAAUACCAAUCACAGAGAUACAGGUCUCUCCUCAACAGAAGGGUAUUCACUCAAUCUUACGGAAGGGCAGCAAAGGCAAUAAAUCCGCCAGCCGUAGAGCUCACUUGAGCCCACUGGUUCUGAUGUUGGAUGGGUCCUUAGUAGGAGAGUUGGAAACUGUACAGAGGGCUGCACAGGAGAUGAGUGACCCAAGCCAGUCUAAUGAUGAAGGCAUCACAGCCCUUCACAAUGCCAUCUGUGGUGGACACUACCCAGUGGUGGAGUUCCUGGUGCGGAUAGGGGCUAAUGUUAGUGCUCCGGACAGUCACGGAUGGACACCACUGCACUGUGCUGCAUCCUGUAAUGACCGUAAAAUGUGUGAGUUUCUGGUUCGGAACGGAGCAGCAGUGAUGGCCGUAACAGACAGCGACGGGGCCACAGCAUCACAGAAGUGUGACCCAUAUGCUGAGGGCUUCGAGGAGUGUGAGAGCUUCCUGAGAGGUGUUGAGGAAGCAAUGGGCGUAGAGAACAGUGGGGUGGUGUACGCUCUAUGGGGAUAUCCUGCCCAGGCUCCAGACGAACUGAGCUUCAAGGAAGGAGACAUGGUGACCAUCCUGCAGAAGCCUGAGGGGGUGGACUGGUGGUGGGCUUCACUGUGUGGCAGAGAGGGCUUCGUACCAGACAACUACUUUGGGUCAACCCAACACAUGACUGGCAGUCUUCUGUAAUAAAGCAAGCUUUUUCCAAAAGUGCGGCCUAAGUCACUCUGCUGAACCCAUCCUCUAACAUAAGAGAAAUAAGUGAUCAGUGCAUCUGAAUAAUGCCAGCCAAGUCUGAACACAGGUUUCACAUGUGUGUUUGAAUAUGAGUAUGAGUUUUUCACUUCUUUCUUCCCUUUAAAUUUUGUAUUAUGGGAUUGUAAACAUGCACACUGCAGAGCAAUUUUGUUUUCAAUUUCAGUUCAGUUUUCACUAUAAGAACACCUUGACAAAGUCACUUCACUGGGAAUAGUGGAUAUGUAGGUUUAUAUAGACUUUACCAAUAGGAAAAACUGUCAUUAAGAACAAUUUAGCUCAUAAAUCAGAGAAUGCCACCUAUUUCAUUUGAGAAUAGGGAUUCAGUUUCAUCGUAUCAGCAAACUGGACUGGAUUUGAUAAUAAAUGCAUGAAAGUUCUCAUUAUUUGUUUGUUUGGAAAGGCUCAUUCUCUGUCUUAAUUAAUGAUUUUCAGCAGUGAGCAGAAAGGAACUCAUCAGUCUGUCAGUAUUGCUUUUUUAUGCAUAUUUUGCAUGUUAGUUUUAUCAGUUGUUAAUCAGUAAUGUUACAUAAAUACAAAAAGGGUUUUUAGAGAUACAUUCGAAUGGUGUCCUAACUCUGCUUCAAUUUUUUUUUUUUACAGUAUUCCAUACCAAAACGUUUUUUUAAUGUAACUUUUAACUUGCUAUUUCUAUCUCUGUUUUCAUAGUGACCUUUAUGUAGUAUGAAAUAUGAGUGAACAUUUUCUUCUCAUGACAAUAUGCUCUACAUGUGGGUUGUGAGGGAAGUUUGUUUUAGAGGUGUGUGUGUGCGCAAGUGUUUGUUUGAUUAGCCUUGUUGAAUCCACUGACUGUGACUGUUAAGAAGACAAUGACAAAUUGUUACUCUCUGUAAUACUCUUGCACAAAAGAAACAUAAAUAAAUACUAAUUGUACAA